AUGGCACCCCAAAGAAAUACAGGACGAGAAGAAGAACAAGGACUCUUCCGGUUCCGUUUUGCCGUUGUUUUAUUAUGGGCCUGUUAUUCUAUUGUUCUAUAUCGGAUUCCUUUCCAGAAAGCACAAGAAGCUGUCGUGCCGGAUAUAAAAGUAGCUUCUAUGGAUUUCACUGUAAAUUGGAAUUUUUCGAUAAAGAUUCCCGAAGAUAUUCCUCAAUGUCUUCAAGGAGAUAUUCAAGCUUCCUUGUUGUACAAGAAUGUUACCCUUGCUACCUCGUCCAAACAAAGUUACAACAAUCUCGAACUCAACUCCCCUCAGCAAGUUAGGGUUUCAACUUCUAUCUCUGAAGAAGAUAUCGGCGGUGUGAUUGGAAACAAUAUUUUCAAAGAUAUCCACGAAAAUAGGGAAGUGAAGUUCGGAUCACAGUUGUUUCUUACGGAUUGUAGAGAAAAUUCGACAGGAGUUUUGAGCUAUGUGUGUGAUGAAACCACCUUGCGGUUCGAGCAAGCUUCUGAUAUGAAGGUCACUGCGUUUAGGAACAAUCCUACUUGCGUUGUUGAAUAG